AUGAUCCCUCCUCCAUCUAUGGCGAACUAUAGCCAUGCAGGGGACCACAACAUCUUGCAGAAUGUCUCUCCUCUUGCCACGUUCCUUAAAUUGACCUCUCUGGGUUUCAUCAUUGGCGUUGGUGUAGUUGGAAACCUCCUGAUCUCCAUCCUGCUGGUCAAAGACAAGAGCUUGCAUCGAGCGCCAUACUAUUUCCUGCUGGACCUGUGUGCAUCGGACAUUCUGCGCUCGGCGAUCUGCUUCCCCUUCGUUUUCACCUCCGUCAAGAAUGGAUCGGCCUGGACGUACGGCACGCUGACCUGCAAAGUCAUCGCCUUCCUGGGGGUGCUGUCCUGUUUCCACACGGCGUUCAUGUUGUUUUGUGUGAGCGUCACGCGGUACCUGGCCAUCGCGCACCACCGCUUCUACACCAAGCGGCUGACCUUCUGGACGUGCUUGGCAGUCAUCUGUAUGGUGUGGACGUUGUCGGUGGCGAUGGCGUUCCCCCCGGUGCUGGACGUAGGGACGUACUCGUUUAUCCGAGAGGAGGACCAGUGCACGUUCCAGCACCGCUCCUUCAGGGCCAACGACUCGCUGGGCUUUAUGCUGCUGCUGGCUCUCAUCCUCCUGGCCACACAGCUGGUUUACCUCAAGCUCAUUUUCUUUGUUCAUGACCGCCGGAAAAUGAAACCGGUCCAGUUUGUGCCUGCCGUCAGCCAGAACUGGACCUUCCACGGGCCGGGGGCUAGCGGGCAGGCCGCGGCUAACUGGUUAGCGGGGUUUGGUCGUGGGCCCACCCCGCCCACUCUGCUGGGCAUCCGGCAGAACAGCAACGCGGCGGGACGGCGCCGCCUGCUGGUGCUGGACGAGUUCAAAACAGAGAAGAGGAUUAGUAGGAUGUUCUACAUCAUGACCUUUUUCUUCCUGGCUCUGUGGGGGCCCUAUCUGGUGGCGUGCUACUGGAGGGUUUUUGCCAGGGGCCCAGUGGUCCCUGCGGGCUACCUGACGGCAGCCGUGUGGAUGAGCUUCGCCCAGGCUGGGGUCAACCCCUUCAUCUGCAUCUUCUCCAACAGGGAGCUGCGGCGCUGCUUCAGCACCACUCUCCUCUACUGCAGAAAAUCCAGGUUACCAAGGGAACCUUACUGCGUUAUAUGA